CGCAGGGUGUGUGUGCUGUCCUUGACAAACCCGAGAAUCCCCACCCGAAAAUCCUCAAGAACCGAUUGCCUCACCACGAGGCCCGCACUCCAAACAAUUAUGCUGGCGCAUAAAUGUCCGACUGCCGCUCGCUCUUACGCCUGGGAACGUUCCCUAGCAAAGUGGUGACAUGUAUAUCCUGCACUCAGUAGUGUAUAUAUUUCAUUUAAUUUGGGCGGCAUUCUAUCAAACUCCGCGGGAUGGCGGGGUGGUGGAAUUAUGGGUUUCCCGCGGAGUUUGACACAUAAGCGCAUUGGAAGCCUCUGGGGGCGGUGCGCCGCACCUCAUCUGCUUGGACGAGGGCAUAACAUGAGCUACAUAUUCUAUAUUGUCACAUUGUGGGCAUCUAUAGCACUGGCUUGUAGGUGCAGUGUAGGGUCAUGGCCUGCGCACGCGUCUUCGUCGUGUUUUGCCCUUUCGCACUCCUACAAACAUCGCAGACUUCGCGCUUCUCCGCCAAAACAACACCUCGCUGCCAACCUCCACAACCAUCUGAAGCUCUUCCAGAUCACUAACAUAACGGCUAGCAACGCAAGUGCAGCAGCUCCGAAUCGCAAGGUCACUGACAGCAGCAACGCUCUAGGCAAUUCUGAGUCGUCCGAGAGCCCUUCGCUAAGUCCAACCAUCCUGCAAUCGGAGGACCUCACGAGACAAAUCUCGCCCUCCAUAACAUCCUGUUCCAAUUCAGGCCGAGACCAGCACAGGCCGAGGAGGCGCGGAGAAUCAGGAGGCUGUGGCUGGUGAAUUGCGGGGGUAUGGACGGGUUUGGAGGACUUCUCGGGGUGCGGAAAUAAGGGGUACAUUCGGCGUCGGGAAGGCUGCAAGUGAGGUGGUGGCAAAAUAUUAGAAGACCUCUCCAUGAUUUCCUCGCUGCCACGUCACCCCCAACCCUCAACACUCUCUCCUGGACAUCAGCCAGCCUCUCUCUGCGAGCAAGA